GAAAGCGACAAAAAAAAAAUCCAAUUCUCUCAUCAUCAAAUUCUCUGAGGUGAACUUUGUCAUCAAUUGCUCCGAUGAUUUCGAAGGAUCAUCAUCAUCAUCAUCCGGAUCCUCUGGGUAAAUCAUUCCACAUGAAAUCCUCCUCCUCCGCCGUUUCUCCCUCCUCGUCGAUCACGUUAUCGCAAUCGGCGUGGCUGGAGGUUCGUCUGUUCUACGUCCGCCUCUCCCCCUGCGUCGUCGAGAACGUCCCCGACUCUCUCACCCUCCGUCACCCUCGCCGCGACACCGGCGCGUCCCUCGAGGUUAACGGCGUCCGCGUUCCCCCCUCGCAGACGGCGUCUCUUAAACUCCGGCGCGACAGAGUGGAUCGGGAAUCGUCGGAGGUGACUUACGUGAGCACGGAGGCCGUGCGUGUCACGGGGUCGGUCGAUUUCGAGGUGUACGAUAAGGAGGAGAUGGUUAUGUGUGGGAAUUUAGAUAGAAUCGAAGGUGCGUGGGAUAACGGCACCGUGAGUGAUCCUAAGACUGGAUGGGGAAUGGAUUGUUAUGUUGCUAUGAGAAACAACGGGUCAGGUUCUUCUUCUUCUACCUCUGCGUUUUUCAGAGGCGUUUCGUCUCCCUCUGUGGAGGUUUACAUAGCUGGUUGCUGUGGGGGCGUUCCUGUGAUUUUGACUAAGACGAUUCUGGCGAGUCCAAGGAGGAAGGUGGCUAGACACGUCACGCUCGACGCUAUCCCUGAGGACGAGGACGAGGACGAGGAGGUUGAGAAAGAGCAGGAAGACAAUGUUACCACUGCUGAUGAUGAACAACGGACAAUACAGAUGAUGAAGUCAGAAGUUGAUGAUGACUAUGAAAUGAAAAUGGGAGAGAGGUACUACCCUGAAGGGAUGUACGUGGAUGAGGAUGGUGAACUAUCUUGGUUCAAUGCAGGUGUAAGAGUUGGAGUUGGGAUAGGCCUUGGGAUGUGCCUUGGCGUUGGCAUUGGAGUUGGACUGCUCAUGCGUUCAUAUCAAGCUACUACUAGUAACCUUCGUAGGAGGUUCCUCUGACCAUCUACAUGAAUGAAUGAAAGAAAGAAACGUGGAGAUAGAAUUUUGGUAGAUAGCUGUAUAGAGAGAGUUGUUUUCGUUUUUUCAUCGCUUAUAGUCUUGGCUUUGUUCAUAUAACAUCAGUUUCACAAGUGAGUGUUCCCCCGUCUUGUCUUGAGAGUCAAAGUGCUUUUUUUUUUCUUCUAUUCAAGUCAUUUUGUAUAUGUUGCUGCUUCUGUGUAGAAAAAGAUAUCUCGUGUUGUUUGUUUGUUGUCGCUGCCAGACUCUGGAGGCUAAUGUGUUUGUUCCUUGUCAAGAAGAAAUGAUAUGGCAUAG